GUGUCACAGCAACUGUGAGAGGGGACAGAGGGCUCAGCAACCAGACUCACAAGCAAAGCAGACAGCGUUCAACACUUCACACAGGCGUUCUUUAGCACUAAAGGAUUUUGCUUCAGAGACAGAAGAACACGCUAGACAUGGCCUCAGACAUCCACAUGCCGAAACCCAUAUGUCUCAUUGAGAACACUGAGGAGCAGCUUGUGGUCAACCCGGAGGCUCUGGGUUAUCUGUCUGCCAUGAAGCAGCCAGUGGUGGUGGUGGCCAUUGUGGGUUUCUAUCGCACAGGCAAAUCCUACUUGAUGAACAAGCUGGCUGGGAAGAAUGCAGGCUUCUCUCUGGGCUCCACAGUGCAGUCUCACACCAAGGGGAUCUGGAUGUGGUGUGUGCCUCAUCCCCAGAAACCAGGACACACUCUAGUUCUGCUUGACACUGAGGGCCUUGAAGAUGUUGAGAAGGGAGACAACCAGAAUGACUGCUGGAUCUUUGCCUUGGCGGUCCUCCUCAGCAGCACCUUCAUCUACAACAGCAUAGGAACCAUCAACCAGCAGGCCAUGGACCAACUGCACUAUGUUACAGAGCUGACUGAUCUUAUCAAGUCAAAGGCAUCACCUGAGCAGAAUGGGGUAGAUGACUCGGCUAACUUUGUGGGUUUCUUCCCAAUCUUUGUGUGGGCACUGAGAGAUUUCUCCCUGGAGCUGGAAGCCAAUGGAAAACCUAUCACCGCUGAUGAAUACCUGGAACAUUCACUGACCCUGAAAAAAGGAUCUGAUGACAAAAUUAAAAGCUUUAAUGAGCCUCGGCUGUGCAUCAGGAAGUUCUUUCCAAAGAGGAAGUGCUUCGUCUUCGACAGGCCUGCUCAGAGGAAGUAUCUUUCCAAACUAGAGACAAUGAAAGAGGAAGAUCUGAGUGAAGAAUUUGUAGAACAAGUUAGAGAAUUCACCUCAUAUAUCUUCAGCUCUUCUGAUGUCAAGACUCUGUCUGGUGGCAUCAUAGUCAAUGGGCCACGCCUACAGAGCCUGGUGCUGACCUAUGUCAACGCCAUCCGCAGUGGAGAACUACCCUGCAUGGAAAAUGCCGUCCUGACUUUGGCCCAGAUAGAGAACUCAGCUGCAGUGCAAAAGGCCAUUGAGCACUAUGAAGAACAGAUGAAUCAUAAGGUCCAGCUGCCCACAGAAUCCCUCCAGGAGCUGCUGGACCUACAGAGGCCUAUUGAGAGUGAGGCCAUUGAGGUCUUCAUAAAGAAUUCUUUCAAGGAUGUAGACCAAAAGUUCCAGAAGGAAUUAGGGGCCCUGCUGGAUGCCAAGCUAGAGGCCUUUAUUAAGAAGAACAUGGACGUGUCAUCAGCUCGUUGCUCAGAUUUGCUGGAGGAUAUUUUUGGACCUCUGGAAAAAGAAGUAAAAGAGGGGACAUUUUCUAAACCAGGAGGUUACUACCUCUUUCUUCAAAAGAAGCAAGAGCUGGAGAAAAAGUAUAACCAGAUUCCUGGGAAGGGGCUUCAGGCAGAAAAAAUGUUGAAAAAGUACUUUGACUCCAAGGACGAUGUGGCUGAAACACUUCUAAAGGCGGAUCAGUCACUCACAGAAGCAGCAAAGGAGAUUGAAGUGGAACGAAUAAAGGCCGAAGCUGCCGAAGCUGCCAACAGAGACUUAGAAGAGAAGCAAAAGAAGUAUGAGCUGAUGAUGCAGCAGAAGGAAGAGAGUUACCAGGAGCAUGUGAAGCAGUUGACUUUGAAGAUGCAGCAGGAACGGGAACAGUUAAUAAGAGAGCAGGACAAAAUUAUAUCUCUCAAACUUCAGGAACAGAAGCGACUUCUCAAUGAAGGAUUCCAGAAUGAGAGCAGGAAACUUCAUCAAGAGAUGGAGAGCCUCAAGAAUAGCAAACCAUCUGGGGGCUGCACCAUACUCUGAAGAUCUGAGUUUCGAACUGCUCUGCCAAGCAAUCUUUUAUAAAGGAGUACAUUGACUGAGAAUCCGCAGCAUUUGAAACAACUGCGCUUAAACUCAACUCACGUCAACUCAAAAUCACCUGUAACUCCAGGCUAUGGUCACUGUAUGACCCGGGGCAAUGUCGGAGGAAGUCUCCCUCUGUGCAGAAUGCAUGUAUGAGCUGAGGCUCUGCCUUCUGUCUUUUAGAGGUCUUCUUGACCUGCACCAUCCCAGGCCACACAUGUUUCUCCUUUACAAUCUUAUCUUUUCUUCUUUCCUACAGUACAGCAUUUACAAUCACAGCGCAGGCAACUUUUAAUUAACUCUCAAAAUGAAGUCCUUUUCAUUUCUCUGAGGACUCUGAUUUUUUUCCUACAGCCCUUCAAAAACUAAACCCUACCUCUAUUUUCCCUUUUAUUUCCCUGCUGUGACAUCAUGUCUUGAAGUUUCUCAGGAUAAAUGUCUUACAAAGGUUAAUAAAAAGUA